CCCGUGAUUUAAUCAUGAAGGGAAUUUCUUCGCUAGCAUGAUAUCCAUGGAGGGACCACUGUUGGGUUUUGUGAAUGCGCUUAUAUAGGUGCAUGUCCGUGCUUAUCUAAGUUUAUUCCUUUUGAAGAAGGUCAGGUUGAACUAUACAUGAAAAGUCAUUAUCAGAGUCGCCAAACGACAUGCAUACAGUAAGCAUUGUUCAAUUUCUUGUACUGGUUCUUUUUGAUUUGUCAUAUGCAGGUCCCCUGCAGAUUGUUUUCACUGAUCAACCAUCACACAUAACAGUUGGGUCAGAAGUUCAUUUGACAUGCGUGGUAAGCGGCGGAAGUAGUCCACACACAACAUGGAUUUCGCCUACAGGACUUCUUCCUCCAAACUCCCACAUGAUCAAUGAAGGGAAAACUCUCGUGAUCACACACUUUGACGUCACUAACAAUGGACAGUACAUCUGUGUGACGUCAGACGGGUUCCAGUUUGCACACCACGUGUUUACUGUGAAUUUACAUCCUGCAACAGCCACAACAACGACAUUGCCUACUACUACUACGCAUGCCCAUAAAACACCAACAUACACCGCAGUGUAUGGACCCCCAUCAAUUGUAUCCGUAGUGAUCCGGCCCACCUUUUAUCAAUAUGGUGAUAAUGUAGAGCUGGCUUGUGCUGUGGAAAGUAACCCGGAUUAUGAUCAACUUGGUUGGAACAUGCUGACUGCUCCUAGUCUAAUUCCAUCAAAUUUGCACUUAAAUUAUACUGCAAACAAGGUAACGCUACAUAUAAACGGCCUGAAAAGAGAAGACAUCGGGGAAUACGAGUGUUUUGUCCACAACAGUGUAGGCUCGAUGCAUAAAACUGUUCAUUUAACGCGUCCACAUUGAAAUGUACAUGCAAUUGUCGUAAAUUAAAAGUUGA